AUGACAACUCGGCUAACGCUUGCAAUCACGGCAUUGGCUUUCAUCAACGGUGAUGUUUUCGCGCAGAGGCCCCGUGGCGAUAUGCGCAUGGGCCCGAUGGCACGUGGCCGUGAGCAAUUCGGUGCGGGCAAUAACAAUGGAUUUGGCGGUGGAAUGGGCGGCCCAAACGGAGGCGGCAAUGGAUUUGGCAGUAGUCUGGGUGGCGGUCUGGGCGGCGGUCUGGGUGGCGGUCUGGGUGGUGGUGCUGCAGGUGCUGGUGGCUUUGGUCAGUUUGGCGGUGGUGCCGGCGGCUUUAAUCAAGUGGGCAACACUGCUGGACAGAUCGGUGCUGGCGGCGCAUUCGGUGCUGGCAUCGGAGCAGCAGGCAACGGCGCUGCGUUCGGCUCGGCUGGCAGGACCACGAACGGGCUCAUGACUGGCGCUGGAGGUGUCGGUCCUGCUGGUACAGCGACGGGAGGCAACGGCAGAAUUGGCAAUGGCGCUCCUGUGACUCCCGCUCCGACGAUGCCUGGCGGCAGACCUAGCAACGGUGUGGGAGCUACACCUAGAGGACCUGGUGCCGGUGUUGGUGAUGCUGGUGCUGGUGCUGGUGCUUCUGGAGCUGGAGCUAACGGUGGUGCAUUUGGUGGAGCUGGUGGAAUUGGUGGAGGUCAAUUCGGAGGAAUGGGAGGAGGUGCCGGCCAAUUCGGAGGAAUGGGUGCCGGAGGUCUCGGUCGUCAAUUCGGCGGCGGCAUGGGCGGAUUUGGCGGACGUCCCGGUGGCAACGGAGGUGCAGGUGGUUUUAACGGCGUUGGUGGAAACGGGGGCAUACCAGGCGGAUCUUUCGGUGCCGGAGGUCCUGGAGGUUUUGGUGGUCAAGGUAGAUUUGGCUCGGGUGGUGCUCUCGGUGGCAUGUCUGGUCAAGCCGCUACUGGUGCUGAUAACGGCGGCGAUCUGUAG